ACGUGACUGUUCACGACACGCUCGCCCCCAUCUAAGUGGCGGGUGCGCGCGCUGAAGGGCGCGUCCGUGUGAGUCAAGUGUGCGAGAGCGAGAGACCGCAUCAUCCACCGCUCAUUCAAUUCCUCCUUUACACGCCGACUAACACAGAGACGUCGCGAUGGCCUCCGGAGUUACAGUCCAAGACCAUGUACUGACCAUCUUCAACGACAUGAAAGUGCGCAAGGCAGGGGCCAGUGACGAGAAGAGGAAGAAGGCUGUGUUGUUCUGCCUGAGUGAGGACAAAAAGCAAAUCAUCAUGGAAGAGGGCAGUGAGAUCCUGCAGGGAGAAGAGGGAGAUCCCUACCUGAAGUUUGUCAAGAUGCUGCCCCCUAAUGACUGCCGCUAUGCUCUGUAUGACGCCACAUACGAGACCAAGGAGACCAAGAAGGAGGACCUGGUAUUCAUCUUUUGGGCCCCAGAGAGUGCUCCACUCAAGAGCAAGAUGAUCUAUGCCAGCUCCAAGGAUGCAAUCAAGAAGAAGUUCACAGGUAUCAAGCACGAGUGGCAAGUGAACGGACUGGAAGACAUCAAGGACCGAAAGACUCUUGCUGAGAAGCUUGGGGGUUCUUCAGUGAUCAGCCUUGAAGGGAAGCCUCUGAUUGAUUGAGGCCAAUACUGGUGGGAUAGAGCUGUAUAGCUGUGCAUUUCAACAUGGGUAGGGCAAGGGCACAUGGCAGUGAUGCUGGUGGGUGGGCUCUAGUGGGUGGGGUGGGUUGGAUGAAAGUGACAGUUUCCAAACUCCACAAAAAAAAAUUUGGCUGUCAUUCCAUUUCACACAUACCAAGAACAAAAUAAAAAUCAUAUUGAAGGUUAUUAUAAUAACUGUACAUGUGUGCAGGCAGGUUUUGUUCUUUUCUGGUUCCUUUAGAUUGUUUAAGGAAGAUGAGGCAGAACAGCAGCCAUUACAGUUAAACUAUUGAAUCUGCAGAAUACUGUUCACAUUUACACAAUGGAUUUUUUUUUUUUUUUGCCAAACUUAUAGUUAAUUUUUCUAAGUAUGUGUGUGUAGUUGAGAUUAGGUGUAGUACAAAACAACUUACUCCAUAAGUGAUUGCACAAGAUGCAUCAAAAAGACCAUUUUGGGAACAUGUAUGUUCUCCUUUCUCAUUCCCACUUCCUUUCUUGUUUUACAAUUCCAAAUGUUUUAAUGAUUCCAGCUCUUAUUUGAAAACAUUUUGAAAUCUGAUUCUAAACUAUGGCACUGGUGUCAGGAUAUUGUUCACAUUCCUUAAAUGCAAACAUUCUGGAUCUAA